UGUAUCAUGGCUUCGCUGUACCAGAGGUUCACCGGGAAGAUCAAUACCGCCAAUUCCUUCCCGCACCCACCUGAGGCCAGCCGGCUGCUGGGCGGACAGGUCGCGGACGAGGAGAACGCGGUGAAGAGCCCGCAGCAGCAGGUCGUCGACGGCCGGGCUCACGUACCGUACCGCAAGAAAUGCGUGCGGGAGGACGAGGCUGACCUUGUGGGCAGCGCUCCGCCUCAGAGGAACUGGAAGGGGAUCGCCAUCGCCCUGCUCGUCAUCCUCAUCAUCUGUUCCCUGAUCGUCACCUCCGUCAUCCUGCUGACGCCUCGUGAAGAUAACAGCCUUGCCCUUAAAAAGAAAGUGACGAUCGAGGAUGUUUUCGGUCCGGACCUUCACAUCCACGACCCGGACGCCAAGUGGCUCAGCGACAAUGAGCUGCUGUAUCGCACGAGGGACGGGAACGUUAUGAAGCUCAACGCUGACACCAACGAGGAAAUCGUCGUCGUGCCCAACCAGUUGUUUGACAGAUCCAAGGCCGCCAAGUACCAAGUAUCUCCAGACAUGCUCCACGUGUUGUUUGCCUUUGACGUGAAACCGAUCUACCAACACUCCUACGGGGCCAAGUACAUUAUUUACAGCCUCGUGACGCAGGAAACUUGGCCCCUGAAUCCUCCUGAGGUGAAUGAGGCCGCCCUGCAGUACGCCGGAUGGGGACCCCGGGGCCAGCAGCUGAUCUUCAUAUUUGAAAACAACAUCUACUACAAAACCACAAUCGAGAGCCGAGCCCUCCGCCUGGUUUCCACCGGUCAAGAGGGACUCGUCUUCAACGGCCUCGCUGACUGGCUGUACGAGGAGGAGAUCCUGCAGACCAAUAUCGCCCACUGGUGGUCUCCAGACGGGCUGCGACUGGCCUACAUGACCAUUAACGACUCACUGGUGCCGAAGAUGGAAGUCCCAUUUUUCACAGGGAUGCCGUACCCUGCCAACCGGGAGUAUCACUACCCGAAGGCCGGGGAAGAAAACCCUGUAGUGCACCUGUCUGUGGUGAGCCUCAACGGACCCCUGCACACGGUGGUGAUGAAGAAACCUGACGACCCCCGGAUAGGGAGGGAAUAUUACAUCACCAUGGUGAAAUGGGCCACCAGCACCAAACUGGCCGUCAACUGGCUUAACAGAGCGCAGAACAACUCGAUCCUGACGCUGUGCGAGGCCACAACUGGAGUCUGCAUCAAGAAACAUGAAGAUGAGAGUGAGAGCUGGUUGCACAGACAGAAUGAAGCACCGCUCUUCUCCCACGGCGGACACAAGUUCUUCUUCACCCGAGCGAUACCUCAGGGUGGGAGAGGAAAGUUUUUCCACAUCUCCAUGUCUACCUCCUUGCCCAACACGAGCACAGACAUCCUCCAGUCCCUGACCUCUGGAGACUGGGACAUCACCAGCAUCUUGGCCUACAAUCAUGAAAGAAACCUCAUAUACUUUCUGAGCACAGAGGAUGACCCCAAGCGACGGCACCUUUACAGCGCCGACACAAUCCCCCCUUUCAACCGCUGCUGCCUGUCUUGUGAGUUCAAGUGCGGCUACGUGGACGUUUCAUUCAGCCACAACAUGCAGUACUUCUUACUCAACUGUAAAGGCCCAGAUAUACCGAGUGUGGCAAUCUACAGCACAGAGGACAAGCAGAAGGUGAUCGACGUGGAGACAAACGCGAGAGUAAACCACACGUACAGCAACAUGCAGAUGCCCAAGGUGGAGUACAAGACCCUCACCAUAGAAGACUACACGCUGACGAUGCAGAUCCUGAAGCCAGCUGGAUUCGUAGAUACCGCCCACUACCCCUUACUGCUGCUGGUGGACGGAACGCCCGGGGGACAGAUGGUGACGGAGCGGUUCCAGGUGGACUGGGACACGGUUCUGGUCAGCAGCUUCAGCACCAUCGUCAUCCGUUUUGAUGGACACGGCAGCGGCUUUCAAGGAACCAACCUCCUCCAAAAAGUGCGGAGGAGGCUGGGGAAGUUAGAGGAGAGGGACCAGCUGGAGGCCCUCAGGGUCAUUUCCGAGGAAGUCUACAUCGAUAAGAACCGAAUUGGAGUUUAUGGAAAGGCGUAUGGAGGAUAUUUAGCCACCAUGCUCUUGAGCUCUGAAGAUCCUACCCAACUCAAAUGUGGAACGGCAGUCUCGCCCAUCACAGAUUUUGAGCUUUACGCAUCUGCCUUUUCUGAACGAUACCUCGGCUUAAAGACAGAUUCCCGCGUAUACACGAAUGCAAAUUUAGCACACAGGGCGGUUCAGCUUCUGGAAAAACAGUACCUGAUCAUUCACCCAACUGCCGACGAAAAGGUUCACUUUCAGCACACAGCCAAAUUCAUCAACCAUCUAAUCAGCGAGAAAGCCAACUACACUCUACAGAUCUACCCAGACGAAGGACACUUUCUGAACAGCGACGGGACGCAGCAGCACCUGAGCCAGUCUCUGGUCAACUUCUUCGAGGAGUGUUUCCGGGUUCCGGAGGUGCUGAAGGACGACCAGCAGGAGGAGGAGGACGACAGUUAA